UUGAUUGACUUUGGCAAAGUUUAAAGCAUGGGCUGUGGGAAUUCCACCUCUGCCAGCACAGCUGCAGGUCCAUCUGAGUCAGCCAUAGAUGUGCAGGACGAUUCAUCAAUGGACGAUGAGAAGAGGAGGAACUAUGGUGGAGUGUAUGUGGGCUUACCUGCAGACCUCAGCAACGUGGCCACCGGACAAACACCCUCCACACACAAAGAAUAAUGAUAUUCUGAGCUGAAGGCACAGAUAAAGGGCUUUCCGGAGGGAAUUUUGGCUGAAAAGUGC